AUGAAGAUGUCUAUUGCUUCGAUCGCGGUGGUGCUUGUCUACCUGCUGUCCUUCGUGACGGCAGACCACCAGCCGGAUAUCAUGAUGGUCUCGGCCCAAGACAACCAAAUGAAGGGCAUGGCAGCCAAAAUGCGAGGAGCCGACGCUGUUGUCCCUGUCGGGGUCAUCACCAACACGAUCGACGCCAAGAACAACAAUAUCCUCGUCACCGAUAGCAAGAUUCGCCUAUCAAAGAGCGACCGUGUGCAGCUCGCGGACACGCUGAAGGAGAUGAUGGCGAACAGCCAAGAGGCUGGUGCUGCAGGCGAUAUGAGUACCGAGGAUAUCUUCGGUCUUUUGUCGCGCGUCGCAACGACCCCGGGAGUUCUCUCCAAUGCUGCGGGUAUCAUUUCGGCGGCGAGAAGCGGUGACACGAGUGCGUUGGCUGGUCAUGUGGUGGGUCUGUUGGGUGCGGCGGUCCCGGCUGCAAUCUCUACUCCUGCACCAGCACCAGUUGCUCCUGUGGCCCCAAUUAUGCCGAUUUACGCUACGGCCGCCCCGGCUGCUGCUAUGCCUGCCCCUGCCGCUGAUAUGCCUGCCACUGCUGCUGUUAUGCCCUCCACGUCGGCGUAA